AUGGCGGCUCGGGAAGCUGCGCAAGAAAGUACUGGGUUCAGUCCGAACGACCUUGUUUUUGGACACGACGUGCGAAGUCCGUUGGCUGUUUUAUCUGCUGACUGGGAAAAAAUAUAUAUGCUGCCACUUGGUAAUAUUAUAAGAAAACAUGGAAUUAAUUUCCACUGUUAUGCUGACGACACUCAAUUAUAUAUUUCAUCACGACCAGAUGAAAACAUUACCUCAUCUAAAUUGACAGAAUGUCUCAAAGAUAUAAAAUGCUGGAUGACGCGUAAUUUCCUGCUAUUAAAUUCAGAUAAAACGGAGGUAUUACUUAUUGGUCCAAAAAACUACACACAAAACCUCUUACAAUACGACUUUAAUAUAGAAGGAUGCCCUGUUACUUUUUCCACUACAGUAAAAGACCUGGGUGUUAUACUAGACCGCAACUUGUCUUUCGAAAAUCAUAUUUCAUCUGUUACAAGAACAGCCUUUUUCCACCUUAGAAACAUUGCUAAAUUACGUAACAUGCUAUCUGUUUCUGAUGCAGAAAAGUUAGUUCAUGCAUUCAUGACCUCGAGACUAGAUUACUGUAAUGCUUUAUUAGCUGGUUGUCCUGCAUCCUCAAUAAACAAGCUACAGUUAGUGCAAAAUGCAGCCGCUAGAGUUCUUACUAGAUCAAGAAAAUAUGAUCAUAUAACACCGAUUUUAUCAUCUCUGCACUGGUUACCUAUUAAGUUCCGUAUCAAUUACAAAGUACUACUACUGACCUAUAAAGCCCUUAAUGGUUUAGCUCCUAUGUACUUAACGGACCUUCUUUCGCCCUACAAUCCACCGCGUUCUCUAAGAUCACUAAAUUCAAGGCUUCUGGUCAUUCCUAGGAUAUCGAAGUCCACGAAAGGAGGGAGGGCAUUCUCGCAUUUAGCUCCAAAACUCUGGAAUAGCCUUCCCGAUACGGUCCGAUGCUCUGACUCGCUGACACAGUUUAAAACUAGACUAAAGACGUGUCUCUUUAGUCAAGCAUUCACAUAAUGCUUACCUUUUAGUCCUCUGCUAUGCCAUACGGAACCGUUUGCCACUGAAACUGCUUAACGCACCAGUGGGGCUCGACAGCCUUAUAGACAAACGGGUCGGUCCGUAUGGUUGCGGUUGGGUUGCGGAGAGUUUGGGUUGCGGAGAGUUGUGAGAUUAUGGUUUUCUAACACCUACUCCCGUGUAAUGGAAAUCAUUAUGAACAUCAGCUAUGCUAAUUAUUUCCCAUCUGCCUUUCUGCUGUUAUCUCGGGACGCUUGUCCCGAGAAAAAUGGCGUUCGUAGGCUCCAGUUUGGUAUCCUGCCUCUCACGGGGAUUUCGGAUGCCUCAACGCCUGUGAUGAGAAGACCAACGCCUGUGAAGAGACGACUCAACGCCUGUGAAGAGACGACUCAACGCCUGCGAAGAGACGACUCAACGCCGGCGAUA